GCGCAGUCGCGCCGCGUUUAUCACGCAUGAGCAAACAGCGAGCGAGUAACUUGAACAACAUGGCAAGCAAGGUAUCAUUCAUCAGUCACAGUUGACGUUACUCUGUGGACGGUGCUCUCGCGCGCCCCUCCUUUAUGCUUUGCAACAGUACGGGGAAGGCAGAGUGCAUAACACAUCACCAGAAUGUGACAUUAUAAGUGCACUAUUUAGUUAAUACUUCCCUUCGCCUUCCCUAGUAACUAACGCCAAAAACUUUUUAUUACUUUCUAAAACGUAUUUAAUUUUCCGCGUGUGUCUCGUUCCAAGCUCGCGCCAACAAACGUGUGUGUGUAUAAAUAAAUAUUAAUUUAAUAGUGUGUUAAGCUGUACCAAACAUGACUAUAUCAUACGCUGGUGAAGUACCUAAUGGCAGCAGUUUCGGAUGUUUUUGGCGGAUCCUUUGCAAAUGGAGAGGCAGCGUGUACAAGCUGGUGUGGCGGGAGUUGCUAGCAUACCUCACGCUAUACUACACCAUCAACUUAUUGUAUCGGUUUGCGCUCACAGAGCAGCAACAGAGGAUAUUCGAGAAAGUUCGUCAGUAUUUCGGCGCGCAAAGCGAGUCAAUCCCCAUGUCUUUCGUGCUGGGGUUCUACGUGAGUCUCGUGGUCAAGAGGUGGUGGGAACAGUACAAGCUGCUUCCCUGGCCGGACACCCUCGCCCUCUUCAUAUCAGCGGGAAUACCUGGAGCGGUUAGUAAAGACGAGACAGGCCGCUUGAUGAGAAGAAACAUUGUCAGAUACGCCAUCCUAGCGUACGUCAUAACUCUUCAGAGGGUUUCCCUCAGGGUGAAAAGACGAUUUCCCACGUGGCAACAUGUAGUAGAUUCUGGUCUCAUGUUGGAGAGCGAGAGGAAAGUUUUCGAAAAGAUGGAUGGAAAAAGUCCUAUGUCAAAAUAUUGGAUGCCGUUGGUAUGGGCAACAAAUAUAAUUAAUCGUGCGAGAAAAGAGGGCUUGAUAACUAGUGACCACAUUGUCCAAACGCUGCUGGUCGAGCUAUCGGACAUAAGGCGACGGUUGGGAGCGCUCAUAGGAUACGAUACCGUGUGUGUUCCGCUAGUGUACACUCAAGUAGUAACGCUGGCACUGUACACUUACUUCGUGGCGGCGCUGAUGGGCCGUCAGUUGGUACCUCCAGCACCCGGAAGCACCUCCAAGUACGAGCCAGAUGUAUACUUUCCACUGUUCACAGCUCUACAGUUCUGCUUCUACGUCGGCUGGUUGAAAGUGGCCGAGGUGCUAAUUAAUCCUUUCGGCGAGGACGAUGACGACAUUGAAUUAAACUGGCUCAUAGACAGACACAUUAAGGCUGCCUAUAUGAUAGUUGACGAAAUGCACGAAGAGCACCCGGAACUCCUGAAAGACCAAUACUGGGAGGAAGUGGUUCCCAAAGACUUGCCGUACACAGUGGCGUCAGAACAUUACCGGAGACAUGAACCGCCCUGCUCCGCCGAUCACUACAAAGUAAAGGCUGAAGAUGCAGUCUACGCCAACGUUCAGUCACCUAGGAAAAGUCACGACGAGACUUACGCUGACUAUGAAAGCGUAGACACACCACUAGUAGAAAGAAGGAAAAACUGGUUCCAGAGACAAAUAUCGAGAAUGGGGUCAGUAAGAUCGGCAUCGACGGCAUACUCUUCAGGCGGGCUCUUCGGACGGAAUAGGCAUAACUCGGUUGUUUAUUCAAGCCCCGAAGCCGGUCAGCCUGUGAUGCCGCCCCCGCCCCAUCACAAGAUGUCAUUGUACGAACGACUGGUGGGCCGUAAAUCUGGCCGCGGCCAGCACAGACCGAGUUCCAGACAUGGAUCAAAAAGCAACGGAUCUGCUGUUCCAAUCACACUUCGUAAUAGACCUCGCAUACCAACACCGGAUGUAACAAAGGAGGUUAUGGAUCGCGAAAACCGAAUUGCUAUGGGCAUGCAAAAUAUGGGCGUUAUUAUGGCACACCAAGGCUACCAAAAUGAGGUGCCCGUACUGGGUGCCCUUGUUCUGUCUCCCAUCCAGGAACUGGACAGCGGAUCAGUUAACAACACACUGCACGCCGGGCAGCCGGGAACGACGGCGCUGGCUCAAGCUGUGCUUUCGCCGUCGUUGUCUGCAGGCGGUAUGCCACCGAUGAUAGCUGCGGCCCCGGUAACUCUAGGAGUUUCACAGCUCACGAGUUUAGUCAGUUCCACGCCGUCGAGCCCGCGCCCCGAUCGAGGCGCUUCUGAUGGAUCAGGAUCCUCGCCGCAUGCUCCACGAGCCACAGUAACGGAACUACCUCCAUCAGACCGCGACAGCGAGCACAGCAAUGCGAGCACGGGUACACCGCCUGAGUUCACUCGAAAACGCAGUAGUUCCAAAAGAGGAGAAGUCUACGUGUAAUGAUAUGGCUCCGUCCAUAGGUAUAUAUCCGUCCAUCGCGUGGUGCUUAUGAAAUUGUGAUCGAUAGUUUUAUGAGUCGAAUACCAAUUUCGUCUGAUAAUGAUCCUAAGUAUUCCACGUAUUUAGGAACUCAUUGCAGUUAAAUGUAUAUUAUUAUAUAAGUCGAUUUGCAUUGUUAUCGGAGUAUAAAUUGAAUUUAAUGCACAGACAGGGAUUGAAUUGUAUAAUUUUUUAUUAUAGUUUUUCAUUUUA